CGCAAGCUUUAUUCACCAUCGUCCGAAAGUGACCGAAACACAUACAAAUUAAUCAUUAAUCGAUUUGGCACAGUGCGUAGAGGGGCAGCUUUCCUACGCUAUCUAUUAAAUGCAAAUGAAUCGCGUAUGUAAUCGAAGCUGAGAACUGUACGAAUGUCUUUAGCUGAAUACGUUAAGUAGAAAGCCUUACACCCUUGUCGAGGGCUAGUGAUGGCAAGUACCGGGCAUAAGUCGUCCUUGUCAGGCGCGCCCGGAGGCAACGAUGGCAAAUCCACAUGAGCCUGCCCGAAAGAAGUCCCAGUAUGACUGCGCAUUACCCGCAACUGCCAGCUACGGAGGCUAUGUGCGUGUGGGUUUCGAGGAAAUCGACACACCCCUACUUCGCGUGAAAAUACGUGAGGCGGUUCUCAUUGGAUAUCAAACUGCAGACAAUAAUGUCAGCGCGAUAUCCAAACGAAUGUCUUCAGUAACGCAGCUGGAUAAGUAUAAAGAUGGAGGUAAAGAAGGGACAAGUGAAAAAAUUGCAUACAACGAAUCACCAUUACAACCCGUCAGACACACGACCCCAGUUGCCGAUGUUGUGAAUUCUGGUGUGAGUGAAUCUAGUGUAGACAUGAAGCACUCGCAGCUGUCCGAUAAGAACAAUAUCGAUACACAUAUGCGUACGCGUAGAUCUCACACAACAACUACGCUUCCUAUGGUAACAGGCGCGGGCAUAUACUCUGAGCGGGAAGUGGAAGACUCGAAUGCGAGUGCAGACAUAAAUGCGUCAUCGGAAUUGAGUACAGACACAGCUGCGAAAUAUAACUCAAAUAUCACACAAUAUUCGCCUGCAACUCCCCGGAGUACCACACCCACAAGCGUAAGCAGUACUACCUUCAACCGCAUGCGCAUGUCAAGCAUAGCUGGCAUCUCAAGUCUGAUCAAAGGGUCGAGGAUUUCUGAUGGACAACGAUCAGUAAGUUGCCAAACAGAGGCUUUGCACAUGAGUAGUCCCUUACCUGUAACAGAUGGUUUGCGCAGGAAGACUGACGGGGGAACCACAGCCUCAGAUAAUCUGAGUUUAGAUUUCUUUGCAGGGCAUGACGCGCACUACAGCAUCAGUGAAUCAGACACGGUGGCUUACCUGGAUUUCAAGGUAGUUGCAUUUGUACAAGGGAGCGGUAGGGGUGUCAAUAGGGAUGGCUGUGGCAAGACACUUGAUGUCCGCAGUGAAUCUUUAACCCUAGACGGAUAUAUAAGUCAAGAGCACGAUUAUCUGACGGAAGACUUGAAGGCUGAUGGACCCCUUACCUUAGCGAAGCGAGUGGCCAGGACGCAGGCGCAACAACAGAAUACACAAACACAUAAAUUUCAAAAGAACGCAGCGAUGCGGAAAGUUGGUACAAAACGUGCACAGAGCACCAUUGGCCUGGUAUCAAGCGCUAAAGAUGUGUUGGAUACGGAGUCUAUCAAUAGAACCGUAUCGCCCACCGGCACACACACACCUGAAAUGUCAAUGUCAGCUUUCAAGCGGUUAAGUACAUCUGUUCAAGAAACAGAACAGGGAAUUGGAGAGCAGAAGGAACUACAAGUAGUUGAUGGGGUAGUUAAGCAGAAUAUAGGUGCAGGGGAUGGUGUACGCGAUAGUAUUGAAGCAGUCUUUGCGAACAAAAGUGACCUAGAAACAGGGGAUGUUGUAAGCGAGAAUGUGGAAGCAGUCUUUGCGAACAAAAGUGACCUAGAAACAGAGAAAAGGCCAACGUUGGCUAUAUCACCAAACGCUUCAGGAAGGUGCAGCCCUGAUGUCACGGUGCACAGUGAUAUGAUGGAUAUUCUGCUGAACCCUAAGCAAACUGAUACGGAGACUAGUUUUAGUUCGGCUCUUGACGAGCAUAUAAAUACAGUGACUAGUGGCGAGAAAAGGGCUGCAAAACUGAAGACAUUGACAAAGCAGCGAAGUGAAGGUAUCGGGUCUAUAUCACAAACCAGUACGUUGAUACCAGAGCCACAGUCAAAUAAUGGCAGUUUUACGGGCACCCAAAGUGCGCCUUCCCGAAGGGCAACCAGCUUCAUGAACAAAACCAAAGCAGUGUCCCCGUUGUCACCCCACCACACUGAUAGAAGCCCGUUAGCCAAUGUAUCGCGAGAACCACCGCUCUCUGAUACUUUUCAUCUCAAUCUUCGCAGACUUAUAUCGGACAACAACCUCAACAACACUCUAAAGGACACAGCCAAGCCUUCUCUGUCGUCUAGCAGCAGCAAUCUUACCAUUGGAAAUACUCUGCCAAGGGGCCGUUCAAAGAAUGGGAGACCUCAAUCGUUACAUCUCUCACCGAAUGUGCGCUCGAGGGGUUCGUCUCCGUCCGCACGCCGUCGGCCCAUGUCAGCGAUGACGUCGACCGAGGAUCUGCGGCCUGUCGUACACAAUCCAGUAUGGGAUACAGAUGUAACCGUGAACACUGGAUGGACACAGCUGCAGAAAGAUCAGUGUGCAAAUAAUAGUAAAAAGAGGGGAGAGUUACAGGGCUCGGAAAGUGUGGAUGGCCGGUCCUUGAGUGCGUCAACGAUGUCCGGCGCCUCGCGAUGGCGGCGUCCAGCGAGUGCCAGUACCAGCCUGGAUGGUGCGAGCAGGGCUGCAGUAGGGAGUAUAGCGGAGUCGACCGCGAGCGGCCUGGAUAAAGCCGCGUCACACGGAGACUACCUGGAUAGGUUGCUCGGAGACGUGUCUAAGCUGGUGGUGGUGGUCAUGCAAGGCCCCGUGGCGUUGGGUGAGAUAGCCAUCCCCAUGCGCAAUCUCACGGCACAGGAAGGCUGGUUUCCUCUGGUGCCCGUGUCACCGCUGCAUAGGGAGGGGCUGUACAAAGCGCUGAAACGAACCAACCCCAAGGGCGGGCGCAGAGUACUGCUCGACACAGAUAUGGACGAUCAGACCGUGUUCAAGAAUCUUCAUAGAAAGUUUAUAUCCAUUCGCACGGCUCUGAUGUCAAUAUCAGGCCUCGAGUUGCUGGUAGUGGUGUGUGUGACGACAGCGUUAGUGUACAACGUAACACUCAGCGAGAUGACCUCUGCGGUGAUGAUACUCACAAAACAGAUCUGGCUGGGCUUGGACGUGGGUUUGAGUCGAGAGUUUCUCUUACCUGAGUUGCAAACCGUAUUGACGGCAGGAUACUUUCUUAUCCCCUCCAUACAGUCGUCUAAUAGUUCUACACUCAUCACUUCGUACAUGUACAAGUCGUUCAACGGGACAAUGGACAUGAACUACACCAGUCCGUCAGGGAUAUUUAUUGCGUACCUAGAUAACAAGGUGUACAUGCCCUAUCUGGACGGAAACGGGGAUGAUUUCAAUCACGCCAACAGUAUUCGUCUGCUCAUUCAAGACACCAAUGUGGCCCCCACCGCUGCCAAUUACGGCAUCAACAACACCUGUGUGGCGGAAGAAACUGUGGCCGGUUGCACCGUGUACAACCUCACAGACGCCCGGCCCGAGGCGGCGUUUGACAUUGUUGAUCGGCCGUGGUUCAAGAUAGUAGCGAACGAUACGGGGCCCCAAUGGUCACCCGUGUAUACGUUUAUAGGUGGUUCGUUGUUGGGUGCAACGCUGGCAUUCCGCGUGCCCCAGGAUCUGAGCCAGCCGAUGGUUGCCAUUGUAGGAUCGGAUUUGACACUGUUUCAGAUGUCUCGUAUAUUGGAUAGUCAGGACUACUUCAAGACGGGGUAUGCGGUUAUGUUCGAGUCCUCACAAGGGAACCUCCUGGCCACGACCAACCGCACACAGGCCGCUGGGGGCUCACUGCAGCGCAUCAUGAACUGCACUACUCCCGGACAGACUGUGCUGGAACGGGUCAGGCUGUACGACUCGGGCAACGAACUCUUGGACGUAAUGAGUGACUUUCUCUCCCAGCUCUGUCUGGAUACUGGCGAGUGCUACGUGGAUGUGCGACCGGAAUUGCCUGCCACCGCUGGCUGUGAUAAUAAGAAUCCUGUUGUACCAGAUGAUGUACAGUGUGGAUAUCCAGCAACGGAUGCUUGUGUAGUGUGCGAGAGUGUUCCGUUAGGGUUCCAGAAUGCAUCUAUGGCCCUUGCAAAGAGCGAUUCUCAAACCCCCAGUGUGCACAUCAUGAACAAUGGCGACAUACUCGCGAUCGGAUUUUUCUCGUUUGUCGGCGGAAACCUGGUUUUAGCCGUGGUCGUUCCCGCCGACGACUAUCAAGACGAGUUUCAGCAUAUUCUGCAUAUAACUGUGGCUGCUGCGGUAGCGAUUCUCGUUUUAUCACUCAUAGCAGCCGCUAUUGUUGCGCACAUGGUGUCGAGGCGUCUGGUCGAGUGUACCAAGAACCUGUCCAAGUUUGCCCGGUUGGACUUCUCGCAGGCGGUGGAAUCCGACGGUUCGAUUUCGCCAGUGAAGGAGAUUGCACGGAUAUACGAGGUGAUGGGUAUAAUACGCACGAGUAUGCGGUCAUUCAGCAAGUAUGUACCCCCGGAUGUUGUACGUCUACUGGUACAGUCCGGGCUGGAAGCAACGUUAGGAGGCCAGAACAAGCUGAUCACAUCGUUCUGCACAGAUAUAGUCAACUUCACGACGAUUAGUGAGAGCCUGGAUAUCGAUGAGCUCAACACUGUCCUGGGCGACUAUCUACAGUGCAUGUCUGAGAUCGUGCACGAGAACAAAGGCACGGUGGACAAGUACAUCGGCGAUAGUAUAGUGGCCAUGUGGAACGCACCAGAGAUAGUAGUGGACCACGCACACAGAGCCUGCGAGUCGGCCUUACUGUGCCAAGCACGGCUGAGUCUGCUCAGAGAGGAGUGGGCGUUGCAGGGGUAUCCGGCUCUUCACCAGCGAAUAGGUAUCCACACGGGCGAAGCCAUUGUGGGGAACUGUGGCAGUGUGACGCGCUUAAACUACACAGCGCUUGGCAAUAACGUGGACUUUGCCUCGCGGUUGGAGGCGGACAAUAAGAAGUAUGGCACGGAUGUGCUUAUCAGCGAUGUCACGUACUCCUUAGUCAAAGACGAUUUCGUGGCCCGUCCUGUGGACGAUGUAGUGAUGCCGGGCUUGCAGAAGCGCACGUGUCGGUUGUACGAAUUGGUCGCACACAAUGACACAGCGACGAGUGCUCAGGUGUUACGCUGCGAACGGUUUGAGAAGGCGUACACGACCUUCCACGACCGCAAGGAUGCCAGAGCCGCUGUGCGGUUUCUGCACGAAUACGCAACACACCAUUUGCACCAGACGGAUAUGGACGAUAUAGUGGACCCCAACUACGAUGUUCUCAAGGCAUUGUGCGAGAAGGAGCUAGCCGCAGCCAAGAGCAAGACGAGGGGUAGGUCCCGUAGUUUUCUACAACGUGCACACAGAGACUCUCUCGUCCCACUGUAACUGUGAGCGUGAGCAUGACCCAGGUUUCUGCAUAGAAACCAAAUUGGGGCACGAUUGUGCCGUAGCAAUUGAACACAAAUACACCAGAGCAUUCAACUCUUGGUAACAAAGGUUAUGCAAAAGUACCUGAAUGUACUAAGACCGUCCAUUUGUAUUUCGGCUGUGUGUUGGUAUCUCG